AGUCUUGUACCUAACCUUCGUUCAUUACCUACAUUUAAUCGAAUUGCUUUCCCUCUCCUUGUCCUUCCACUCACGCACACUCGCACUCUCUCCCCCUGUUCCCCCCUUCCCUCGGAGCACAGAAACUCCCCUUUCUUCUCCUCUCUUUCUCCUUCCUUCUCCCGCCCUCCCUCAUCAUGGCACCCCGCGGUCGCGGAAAGUUUUCCAAGCCUUCGCGAGGAGGUGGAAAGCAUUUCAGUCGCGAUGUUCACCCGGUCGACAAAGAUGGAAAUUCUGUCGGUCUCUGGAGGGAUCCCGAGGACAACAACCUCUCUUCCCCCGAGGAAGAAGAAUCCUCAGAAUCAGGCUCUGAUGGAUCUUCCGACAACAAUGACAAUGAAUCGUCCCACAGUGCCAGACCUGGUCCUUCUUCUAUACCCGCGGCGAGCAGCAGCAAUACCAUGGAAAUGACUCGUGAGGAGCGGCGUGCGGCCGCGAAGGCGAAGAAACAAGCUGCCCAGGCUCGCCGGAUGCAAAGCGCCGCUCAACCGGGCGACCUGCCCCCCUCCGAGUCGGAGGGAUCAGGCAACGAUAGUGACGAUGACGAUGAUGACCUACCGGCCAACCCCAACCACACGGCCAAAUCACGCUCCCAGCUCAGCGGCAACCAGGAAGAUGUGCAGAAGCCCAACGGUGAUCUGUCCCAGCUGUCACGACGAGAACGCGAGGCGAUCGAGGCCCAACAGGCACGACAACGCUAUCUGAAGCUUCACGCCGAGGGGAAGACAGAGGAAGCCCGUUCCGACCUGGCUCGCUUGGCGGUUAUCCGCGAGCAGCGUGAGGCUGAUCGGCUGCGCAAGGAAGCCGAGAAGGAGGAGAAGAUCGAGUUGGCGAAGCAACGCGCCGCUGAACGAGAGGCCAAAUUGCAGGCUGCGAAGGGUGGGAAGAAGGCUGCACCAAAGAAGAAAUGAAUAUCACCGAGCCGACAUUCCGGACUUCGCUUGGAUCCUCUUUACUCGCUUCGGUCGCCUUGGCGCGUAUCAAAUAUAAUUCUAUACAGG